AUUCAUAAACUUUGCAUAUCUGUGGUCGACAGCGGGUGUAGUAGUUGUCGUGACUUUCAAUUCUUAUUUAUUGUAAAAGUUUUGUGUAUUAUUAACACUUAUCUGGCGUUGAUUAUAAAGUAACUGAUAAAACACAUCUUACAAUGCCUAAAUACUCAGUAAAAGUCAAAUGGGGCAAGGAGAUGUUUCCGGGCGUGGAGGUGAACACAGAUGACGAUCCUGUCCUGUUCAAGGCACAAAUCUUUGCCCUGACGGGAGUGCAGCCAGAGAGGCAGAAGGUUGUGUGCAAGGGGGUUACACUGCGGGACGAGGAGUGGGGCAACUUUAAGCUAGUUAAUAAUGCCAUAGUUCUAGUGAUGGGCAGCAAGGAGGAGGAUGUGCCUUCAGCUCCGGUGGAACAGACCAAGUUUGUUGAGGACAUGAAUGAGUCGGAGCUGGCUACCGCUCUGGACCUCCCCGAAGGACUGAUAAACUUAGGCAACACCUGCUACAUGAACGCCACUGUGCAGUGCCUCAAGACUGUUCCAGAACUGAGGAAUGCACUGCUCAAUUAUAACAAAAACAGCGGCGGCGGCACGGCGGGCGAGCUGACGGCGGCGCUGUCCGAGACCGUGGCGGCGUUGGAAGGCGGGGGAGCCGGCGCGUGCGCGAGCGCGGCGGCGCGCAUGCUGCGCGCGCUGCACGCCACCGCGCCGCGCUUCGCCGAGCGGGCUCCCGGCGGGCACCUGGCGCAGCAGGAUGCCUCCGAAUGCUGGACAGAGAUCGUGCGUGCCCUGCAGCAGCGCCUGCCAGUGUCGGCGCCGCCGCCGGUUAACGCCGACAGGGCAUCAGUGGUAGAGCAAUACUUCGGCGGCACUCUGGACGUGGAGCUGGUGUGCUCGGAGGCGGAGGAGGCCCCCACCAAGGCGCGCGAGACCUUCCUGCAGCUGUCCUGCUUCAUCUCGCAGGACGUCAAGUACCUGCAGUCGGGGCUGCGCUCGAAAAUGUCAGAGCAAAUCACAAAACUAUCAGAAACGCUGGGGAGAGAUGCGAUCUACACAAAAACGUCAAAAAUCAGCCGUCUCCCAGCAUACCUAACAGUGCAGUUCAUCCGCUUUUACUUCAAAGAGAAGGAGUCGAUCUACGCCAAGAUUCUCAAGGAUGUCAAGUUUCCCGUCGAGUUGGAUGUGUACGAGCUAUGUACGCCGGAGUUGCAAGAGAGGCUCACGCCGAUGAGGAAUAAGUUCAAGGAAUUAGAAGACGCGUCAGUCGAGUCAUCGUUACACGCGAAGAAUAAGAACCACGGCGAUAGCAAAAAGGACUCCAAACUUAAGAAAGCAUUGCCAUAUUGGUUUGAAGAUGACGUAGGCAGUAACAACAGCGGGUACUACCGCCUCCAAGCUGUGUUGACGCACAAGGGCCGCUCGGCGACCAGCGGGCACUACGUGGCCUGGGUCCUACGCGGCAACACCUGGCUCCGCUGCGACGACGACGCCGUCACGCCCGUGUCCGAGGAGGAGGUGCUCAAGCUCAGCGGAGGAGGUGACUGGCACUGCGCCUACCUGCUCCUGUACGGGCCCAAGGUCUGCGAGAUCCCGGAGCCGGAGGACGAGCCCAUGCUGGCCGCGGUGGCCGAGGACCCCGCGCCGCCCGGCCCCACCGCGCAGGCCUAGGGUAGGAAUAAAGCGACGUCAACAAUCAGACUCUUUCUGUUCUGGAUAGCUUAGGACAUGGGAGCUUCGAAUUUUAAUAAGCCUAAAGCAGUUUACUGUUGUACACAGACUUCUAAAGGUGCGUCCAUAUCUAGCGUACGCGCCGCGAUGCCUGUUCAGAAUUCGCUAACUGCUCACAUGAACUAGUGUUGGUUAAGACUCAAGUCCUUUUAGUUCUGUGCUUUGAGACUCGACUCAGUUUUUAACUUUUAACAGACUCAAGUUCUUCUGUAGAUUUGUGUUCUUUCAGAUAACUCUCAAUUUAUUUAUGAAAUAAAAAACAAAAUGCAACUGUCUUCAUCUCUUAUUUUGUUGUUGUUAUUUUGAUAAAACCUAUAAAAUUGGUAAUGGAGUCUUUAUUUGUAGUUCGGUGUCUUUUUGAGUGGCGCUUACAAAAAAGACUUAAGAAAGGACUCGACUCUGGACUUAAGACUCCUUUUUUAACGCUAAGCCUCAUAAAUACGAGUCGUUUUUCAAAUUUAGACUUAAAAGACUCGGAUUCCUGCCAACACUAUCAUGUAAGUGUAACUACGUAGUAAAAUGUGCAGUGCGCCAGUGCCCUAUUCGCGGCGUGUUCGCCAGUAAAUCUAAGUCCUUCUAUGUAAGUAUAGCCUGCCCAGUGUCCACAAUUUUGCCUAGCUGACUCGUCAUUUAACGCAGGAGUGAAGUAGGGGAAUUCAUUUGGAACUCUCCCGAAACCUACAACAAACUAAGAAUAUGGAAAAAUUGUAUUUUGUUGAAGGUACUACAAUUUAAAAAUUGGCAUCAGUGGCCUUAACUUGGAAAUAUUGUUUUCUAUAAUCCCAGUAUCCAUCUUCUGAUACUAAUUUGGGACAAAAUUACUUUUCCUACAGCGCAAGUAACUGUGUUACAAUCAGUUUUACGUGUAAAUUAUAUUUUGUUAAACCUAAAUUAUGGCCCGUGUAGGUUCAAUUUAAAACAAAAGUAUCAUAUUAUGCUUUAAAUACAUACAUAGGUACUCUUCAACAUCGAAGAUUUUCUCUGCUCUCAUAUUUUUUACUAUGUAGUGUAUACUUAUUUGGCAUUUCUACCAUAAACGAGUGAUAUCUGCUGUACUUUAUGUUCAUUUAUAUAUAAAGUCUGACUUUGAACGAGUAUUUUACCCGUAAUAUUAAUAUACAGACAGUGUAACUGUAACAUUAUACUGUAGCACAAAUUUUUAAUAACAUUUACUGUUCAACGUGAAGUACUAAUGAAUUUACAUACCUGUUAGGUGUCAAACUAUAGGAUAAGCUAGAAACUGACUGUCCACACAAAAUUAUACCUUAAUUUAAGAUAAUAAGGCGUAAUAUUGUAGCUAAAAUUGUUCAACUAAAUGAUUACUUCUGGACUUCGUCAGGCGUAACACAAAUUUUGGUGCCGAACGCCCUAAAUAAGGGAUGCGAAUAUGUUUACUAUAUAUAACUACUAUUACAGUGACGCGGUUGGUUAGCCGGACUAUAUUUUAUAUAUUUGAUUAAAUUACGUGGUACCUCGGGCCAACGGCACUAGUGAUCGUUAAUUUAUUGUAUGUGAUUGGCAUUUUAAAUGCGCUGUUAACUGCUUAAGGCAUUUUGUUUUUAUAGUUUCUCAAUAAAAUGUCGUCUGAUUUUUCUUUAUACAAUGUAGUUAACUAUUGAAUUUUAUAAGACUUAUAAAAUAAAUAUUGAUCGAGGAACACUUUA